AUGCCGGAUAAUUGGACGGAGAGCAAACAGCCUAGAUUUCCGAUCGUUGUCGGGUUGGCCUAUUCGAAAAUUAUCGAGUUGGACGCUGGAAGACAAAUUUUUGGCGUCGCGCUGGAGAUUUAUACGCAAUGGUCGGAUAUUCGAUUAGCUUGGAAGGCAAAAGAUUACGGUGUUUGGAACCCGGCGGACUACGGUGGAAUACAGUACAUUUGGGUAAACCCGGAAGACGUCUGGAUCCCAGAAAACAUAGUCGGAAACGCGAAAGUGCUUGACGAAAUCUACAAUGAAGAUUACCUAUCCCUAAAAUUGUGGUUUAACGGCACGCUGGUCCUGGCGAGGAGUUAUUACGCCGAGUUGAGCUGCCCGAUUGACGUCGGCCAUUUCCCGUUCGAUCGCCAAAAGUGUCAAGUCGUGACGAUGGCCGUGUCGUACGAUCGUAACCAAGUUUUUGCAGCCCCCAUGGUCAACAACGAUUUUGAUGCCACCCAUACGAGUAAUGGCGAAUGGUCCUGUAAAGACAUCGAGAGUGGUAUCGAAGUGUGGGGCGGAUCGAAUUUCAAGUUUGAUGUGGUUACCUUCACCUUCACUUUCCAACGGGUCCCCCAUUUCUAUAUCUACGUGAUCGUGUUACCAUGCUUGAUAUUAACUACCCUCUCAAUUAUUGGCAUGUUUUGGCGGCCGAACGAACAGGAGGAGCAGUUGGCAAAGCUUGGCAUCGGGUUGACCAGUUUGGUGUCGAUGACGGUGCUGAUGGACAUCGUUUCCGGAGCGAUACCAAAGACGAUCAAAUUUCCUUUAUUAGGCCUCUACGUCGUGAUCAGCAUCGCAAUCAUUGCCGUAGCGUGCGUGAUUGUUGUCGUAUUUCCUCGAAACGGGCAGUGUCCUUUUAAAGAUAUGGACAAGACGCAGAGUAUUAGAUUACGAAUGUUCACGUUCUUCUCGUCGCACGUCGUCUGCCACGCCAUUUUUCAAAUCCUAAACGUUGCCAGUUUUGCGGUGUUUAUGUCGUAUUGGAAGUCG